GCCAAUGGUGCUUUUGGGGUAGCACGUUUUCUCCCUAUUGCUGCCUCCAAGAGAAGAUGGAAAUAUAGAUAGAAGAAGGAAAGGUGGAAGAUGGUCUGACUAAACUGAGCUUCUGCAUUGACUCUAUUGCCUGCUGGGGUAAAUAAAGGACAACACUCGCCUUUGUGAUUUGUACUGCCAUGACUAGCUUUGAAGAUGGCUUUACUAAAGCUGCUCCUGCAGGAUCCAAAGGAUGAAGGCACACAGAGAUGUCGACUAGGACCUGCUACUUUUUCAGCCCUGGGUGCAAAGCUGGGAUCUCCAGUGAGGAUAACCUUGCCUUCUGGUUGCUGUCUGUGUACUGCUUGGCCCAGGCAUGAUUUGGCUGAUGGCUACUUACAGCUUGAUCCAAAAUGCAGAACUCAAGGCUUCAGAGAGGGCCAGCUACAAAACCUUACAGUGAGUGUUGAUAAACUGAAGCUCCUGGAGUGUCAUAGACUAAAAAGAGUUACAGUCAAAGCCAUCUUUAAAAACCGCAAGCUCAAAAAAUCCACUCCGGAAGCCAUGCUGCAGGAAGUAGUCAAAGACCUGCUGAGAAAUAACUAUGUUGCACUUCAUCACAUUGUUACGUUUGGCCCGAUUUUGGGCAAUCCAGUGGCAUGCGUUGAAAUAUUGUCUACAGAGCCUGAUGCUACAGAGGGAGCUGGCUUGGUAACCCCCAAAACUAAUGUAACCAUUAAAGAGGCAGUCACACUAGACUGGUAUAAGCAUUUGAUGGAGGACAGUGCAAAAAUCCAGGUAGCAGGAAUGGAUGAUGCCAGCAACUCCUUAAAAGAGAUUAUUGGUCUGACUUUGCGCUUUCCGAAAACCUUCCGGAAACUAGACCUUUCUGUCCCCAGAGGCAUACUCCUGGUUGGACCUCCGGGUGUCGGUAAAACUCUUCUAGUAAAAGCAGUCACUAGAGAGAUAGGGGCGUGCCUGCUUUGCAUAAAUGGUCCUGCAAUCUAUGGUUCAAGACCUGGUGAAAGUGAGGAAAACUUGCGGCGAGUAUUUGAAGAAGCAAGAGAUCUAUCCAUUGAAGGACCAACUGUUCUUUUUAUCGAUGAGAUUGAUUCCUUGUGCCCUAAACGUGGCAGUUCAAGUAACACCACUGAAAACCGCCUGGUAGCUCAGUUGUUAACUCUUAUAGAUGGCAUUGGGGGAGAGAAUGACAUGGUGAUCGUUGCAGCAACAAAUAGGCUCGAUGCCCUAGACCCUGCACUAAGGAGGCCGGGCAGAAUUGACCGUGAGGUUAUCAUUGGUACCCCAACCCUUAAACAAAGGAAGUCCAUUCUGCAGCUAAUUACUGCAAACAUGCCUGUGUCAAAGGAUGUGAAUUUGCUUGAACUGGCGGAAAUAACCACUGGUUAUGUUGGAGCUGACCUGAUGGCACUCUGCAGAGGGGCUGCGAUGGAGGCUGUGUUUCAAGACUACGCAGAUUCAGUUCGUAUGUCUGACUUCUAUGAGGCUUUGAAGAAGAUUCAACCAUCCUCUUUUCGAAGUGGAAUUGGGCUGAUGGACUUCAAACCCGUCACCUGGGAUCAGAUUGGUGGCCUUGAAGAUGUGAAAUUAAAAUUAAAACAGAGCAUUGAAUGGCCUAUCAAAUUUCCCGAAGCUUUUGUUAGGAUGGGACUGCCCCGUCCAAAGGGUAUCCUAUUGUAUGGACCAUCAGGUUGUGCCAAAACUACACUUGUGAAAGCAGCAGCCACAAGCUGCCACUGUUCCUUUCUGUCUAUGAGUGGUGCAGACCUUUUCUCACCUUAUGUUGGAGAUUCAGAGAAGAUUUUGUCUCAGGUAUUUCGUCAAGCAAGAGCAAAUACACCAGCAAUAGUAUUCCUAGAUGAAAUUGAAGCUAUAUUGGGAUCCCGAUCAGUUGGUAAAACUGGUCACGGUGUCCAGGAGAGAGUUCUUUCUGUCCUUCUCAAUGAAAUGGAUGGUGUUGGCUUGAGGUUAACUGAGAGAAGAGGAUAUAAAGCAGAGUUCGAAAGUGACAGUCAGGAACAGAUUAAAAAUGGAGAGUUGGAAUGUGACAGUCCUACACAAAUUAAAAAAGAAAAAGAGCUGGAAUUUCAGGAGGUCUUUAACAAAGACGUCAUAGUUGUUGCUGCAACAAACAGACCAGACAUGUUGGAUGAUGCCUUGUUGCGUCCUGGACGGUUAGACAAGAUCAUCUAUGUUCCACCACCUGAUGACAAGGGAAGGCUUUCUGUUUUGAAAAUAUGUACAGAAAAAAUCCCAGUAGACUCCAAUGUGUCCCUGGAAGAUAUAGCAGCUCAAACUAAUCUCUUCUCUGGAGCUGAUCUUGAAAAUCUUUGUAAGGAGGCUGCUUUAUUAGCAUUGCAAGAGAAUAAUGUUGAAGCAACAGUCGUGAAACAUAGCCAUUUUGAAAAAUCAUUGGAAACUGUAAAACCAUCAUUAACUCUGAGAGACAAAGAAUUUUAUGAAAAGAUAUUUAAAAACCGAGAAUGAAUUUUGUAAAGCAAGAAGGGAGAAAAAUUAAUUCAGAUUGACUUAACCAGAGUCCCACAACGGAUUCAAAAAGUCUACAGAGAGGAAGCAAGAUGUGAUAUAUAUUUAUUUAUUUUAUCGAUGCCCAUAUCACCUCUCUAGAAUUGUUCAAGGAAGCUAAUAUCUAUCACAGCAGUUUUAGAAGGACUGCAUGGUUUUAUACCCAACAGACAUAGAGAUAAUGUAAGACCAAUCAUUAAUACAAUAGACUACCUGAAUUCCCAUAAUGAAAUUAAGGAAACUCUAAUAUUUCUUGUUGCGAAAAGAUAUUCAACAAUUUAAAUUAAACUUAUGCGGGAGAUAAAUUUUGGGGAGAAUUAUCCUAAUUGAAUCCAUGCAAUCUAUUCCAAUCAAAAAGGCAAAGUGGUUAUAAAUGGGACAGGCUUCCUUUAAGAUUCAAAUUUUAAAAAGGUAUUAGACAGUGUUGUUCGCUUUCACCAUUAUUGUUCACUUUGGUUCUGGAAAUUUUAAAUUCAGAUACCAGGAAUGAUAAAGAAUUUAGGAGAAUAAAGAUUCAAAAAUGAUUAGCUGAGCAAAAUAAUUGGGUCAUAGUAUUUGAAUAGGCCAGUGGGAAGGAAUUUGGAUAAAAGGUUCAAGAUGCAUGGACUCAUAGAAUCUUAAGGAAAACUUGUACAAAAUGGUGUACAAACAGUAUAUCACUCUGCAGAAAUUGGCCAAAAUGUAUAAGGGAAACAGUGACAUGUGCUGGAAAUGUAGAGACCAAGUUGGCUGUUUUUCCCAUAUGCGGUGGAGUUGUAAGAGGGUUAGGAAAUGUUGGGUUAAAGUUAGUAAGAGAGAGUGUGACUUGCCCAAGGUUACCCAGUGGGUUUCCAUGGCCGAGCAGAGAUUCCAACUCUAGUCUCCCAGUGUCCAACAUUCAAACCACUUCUCCAUGCUGCCUCCUACCUUUCUGAAUCGGCUUUGGCAAAAGCAAACUGCUGCAGCCUCUCCUAGCUUGUAUGCUCUUCAUCAAAAACGUCACCAUCUUAAUCUUGGAAAACAAUCUAAAAAGAAGUAAUGGAAAGUUAAUGAAAAAAUUAGAAGGAGUUUUGUAACAGCGUUAUAACAGAACUUUAUGUUUCUUUGUAUGCCUGUAUGUUUGUUUUUUAAAAUUUGUUUAAUAAAAAUAAUAAUAAUAGUGUUA